GCAUAAGCCUGUAAUGCACUGACAGCUAGACGGGAGAUUAACUGGUACAUGGGAAAAUUUUACUUCACUGAUAAGUUACUUUCUGGAGCUAUUACAGUGUAUCUCUCAACAGGAUUAACAGUUUGGAGAGUUACAUGUACAUUUGGGAGGUCUACGUGUCAGAAAUUUAUCUGUGUGUGUAUAACCUUUGACCUGAUGCACUGAGAGUAGCAGUAAAGUGAUAAAUCUAACCAAAGAAUUUUGUAAAGGAGCCGUGUUCAUCAAUGUGAGUUGUCAACCGGUGUGAAGAUGGAGGCCCCCCAGGGAGUGCUUAAUGAUAAGACUGUGACAUUUGUCCAGGUACUCACAGUAUCUGAUAUGGCGGAGGCGGCAGCCUUAGUAGCCUCGGAGAUGAACCAGAACUCCUCUAUUGCCAAUCCGAUCAUGCAGAUCGUGGUGCAAACACCGGAUUCUGCUGCUGCUCUUGCUGGUGAAGAAAGAGUAGUAAUUUCUUCACAUGACCCCUCUGCCACACCUAAUAUUGAAACCAUUACAAUGGCAACAUCUGAAAGCCCGGCAGAUCUGAAGGCCAAUGUGAUCCCAAGCAACAGCACAACAGCCACACCACCCAACGCCUCAUCGGGUGAAGAAAGGCUCUGCUUGAUCUGCGGUGAUAAGGCUAAUGGCGUACACUACAAUGUACUAUCUUGUGAAGGUUGCAAGAGCUUCUUCCUACGUAGCAACAGAUCAGGAGCCACGUUCACAUGUGCUUCAGGAGGCAACUGCAACAUGGAUUUGUACACAAGACGACACUGUCCUGCCUGUAGGAUGAAGCGUUGCUUAGAGUGCGGCAUGAAGGUGGAAAGAGUCUGGGACAAAGGUCGCCUGAAAACGAGAAAACCUCUCAUACGAGUGAAGCGAAAGAAGAAGGUGCCGGGCAUACACGCAGAUUCAGCGACCUCUCCCACGGUUGCUCCUCCCACUCCAGGUGCCCCUCCCACUCCAGCACCGGCAGCAGCUCCACCCAACCCAGCAUCAUCUUCCAUCCUACCCCAGCAGUUACCAAUUGAAACUUCUCUGAGUUCGACCCCUUCAAGCUCACGCUCCAGCAGUCCUUCAGCCUAUAGGUCUUCAUUAACAGUCACCCCCAACAUGUCCACCAACCCCAUCCCUUCAGCUGUUCAGAUGGACAAAGAUAUGCUACCAUUUUCAGACCCUUCCCAGCAAAUGGCCGGUGACAGUGGGAUGUUGACGAUCGAUUUGGACACUCCGGGAACAUCCACACAGACGCUGCUGACCUUUGGUUCAACGUAUCCUCAGCUUACUCUGGCGCAGGAACAACUGAUGAUCACAUUGGAAAAAGGAUAUAAUGCUUCAACGGAAGUCCUCAAGCAUUUAUCAAAAGAUGUUCCUUUAUUCAGAAUGACACAUUGGAGUAAAUUCAAAGGAGGAGAAAGUGAGAGUCCCAUCAUUUCACAAGGAGAAGAGGAGGAAGAUAUGGACCAAUCUAAACCAAAGAAAGCCAGAUUAGAUGCACAAGAGUCAAAUACUAACACAAACUCUGCUCAGCAACAGCCUGCAGCCCAAGCUAAUGGAAGAAACGGUGUUGCUACACCAUUAAACAAUGAUCCCUUGGCUGUUCUCUCCUCAGCCACUGGGCAGAACAUUGAAGUGAUUUAUAACUUAACUUCCUUAGCUACCGGUGGGCAGAUCAAAGACCCUGCAUCGGCGUUGAGCGUGUUAGCAUCAUCGGAGCAAGGUUUGAGGGUGAUUGAAUCGAUUGGAUCCCUUGUGCAGGGACAGGAUCUCAACACAUUGAUCAGUCUGGCUAAACUUGUGGGCCAGAUAAUCGGCAUGGGAGGAGGCUCCCUUAACGAUAAUCUUGCAGACACGAUUCUUGGGAGCAUCACAGGCUCCAUAUUGAAUAGCUCAAAUGGAAAUACAGCUUCAUCGUUGAGUGCGGAGCUUGCUCUGAAUAUGCCUUCAGCAUCUACUUCAAUACCAUCGGGUCCUAGUCAGGAUCAGAAUGGGAACAAUGGAGGACAAGGUGUCACACAAGAUGAAACAAUGAACAAUGCAGCUGUUGCUAAACUUGCCUCCAGCGGAUUAGCAGAAGCAUUGGCCAUGUUAGCUGCCAUGGCAUCAUCGAGUCAAAACAAAGAAACUAUUGUAGAGAUGGUGAAACGUGCAGCUGUCUCGUUGUUGAGAGGAGAGGACGAACCCCAAAUGAUGUCCUUUUCAUCCCCACCGACAUCAUCCCCUGCCUCAAACAAUUUCUAUAUGCCAACUGAUGUCGGCGAGGAUGAAGUCAAGACCAGUCCAUUCCUGCAGUCCCUCCAAAGAGUCACCUCAUUUCUGACCAGCGGCAAGAUGAGUUCAGGCAAAAAAUCUUCCACCAAAGCCAAACGCACUGUCAACAAAGAAAUGCUGCACAUAGCCAUGGACAUGUUUGCCGUCCUGGUCAAGCAAACCAUUCACUUUGCCAAAAGCAUUCCUGGAUUUACGAACCUCUCUUGCGACGACCAAGCCGUGCUCAUCAAAUCUAGCAUCGUGGACGCACUGCUGUUAAGGUGCGCAGACUCUUAUGCAUUGGAUAAAGAUUGCUUGGUGAAUGUUACCAAUGGAGACAAGUUUGAUGUGCAUAUGAUGUAUCAGUUGGGAUUCUCAACCCUGCCAGAGGUAGUCUUUGAGUUCAUGAGGGACACCAAAGCUUGUGGACUCACUACAGCAGAGUAUGCACUUUUUACCGCAGCUGCCUUACUCUCGCCUGAUCGGUCUGACCUGAAGGACAGAAAGACGGUGGAGGAGAUGCAGUUGGAGAUGAUCCUUGCUCUACAGGCAGCCACCAAGGUCUUCCAUGCAGAUAAACCUUUCCUUUUUACCAAACUCAUCACCAAACUGACCACUCUUAGAGACAUGUCCAUCCUUCACCUCAGUGAGAUCAUGGCAGUCAAGGUCCAGGAACAAGAUCUUAGUCCUCUUAUUGUAGAACUGUUUGGGCUAGAUUCGUGACAGAGUGAUCACUCUCUUCCACCUUUAUAGUCCAGAUACAAGAUCUUGAACCACUCAUUGUAAAUAUAAAUUUGGAAUAGAAUUGUAUCACUGCUAUAACCAAAGUACUAGACACAUGAAUCUUUCACCCCUAUGGAAUCGUUAUGAGGUAAUCCUCACAAUAUAAAAUUCUGUCGUUGAGUUAAAACCUAUAUUUUAGUGUCCUUUCACUCUGUGCUCACUGCAUAAUGAUGAAACAAAAACACUGAAUAAAUAAAGUUAUCUAUAUUAGCAUGAUUAUUACUGUAUGAUACAGUAACACAAGAUUGUUUUGCUUAAUAUUUUGCGGUUAGGACUUAUCAUGCGAGACAUCAUGGGGGGAGGGGUGCUCCUAGCUCCCCCAGCCUUAUUAGGGUUAAAACUCAGAACAACAUUACCAACCAAGACCAAUAAUGUCAUGAUAUUGGCAGAGAUCUGUAUCCCCUCCCCUCCCCAUGGUUAUAGUAAUGUUCGUAGUCAAAAGUUAGAUUAAUGUAUCAACUAUUCUUGCUCAAAAGGUUUGUCCGCUUUGUGUUACUUAUAGGUGAUUUACAGAUACCUGCUUAGCAGGUUAAGUGGUAAUCUCACAUCAGUUUACAUAGACCUACAAAUAUAAUGAUAUUAGUGAAUUGAUAACUUUAAAGAUAUUGACAUUGACCAUUUCAUUAUUCCAUUUCCUUCCAAAGAAAAUGGGGAUGUAAUGAAGGCAUCUGAAGCCUUGCAAUUCAGAAUUGGAAUUUUAUGGUUUUUGGGAUGUUAAAUGACUAAAAGUUUUUAAAAUGUAUGAAGUUAUUAGUUAGAUCAUUGGACAAUUCUGUUUGUGAGUUUUACUCUCAUACAUGUAGUUUAGUGAAUUACAGCAAUAUGUUUGGUUUGAUGUUGCUUUUAUUUUACUUCUCAUAUAUGUGGUUUUGGGGGAUGCUAAAAAUGGUUUAAUAAUAGGAAUAAAUCAUUAUUGGGACUGACUUGAAAUGAAAAUGAGAAAUAGGUAGGAAAUUCUGGGCCCUUUAACAGAAAGCUUAGCAAUUAAUGGAUGUGUUGAUAUUGUGAUUGAUCUUGCACAAUAAUCAAUUGAUCAAUCGUAGAAAUCAGUCUCCUUAUCGAUAACUAAGUUUUAUGUUACAGCGCCCAGACCUUGUUUCAUGCAAUAUAUAUUCAUAUCCAAUGAGAAUACUGUCAAAUGCUCAAAUGGAAAAAUAACGGAUGCUUAAACCUUGCUUACAUUUAUGUAUUGCUUGUUUCGGAUAUGAAGUAUGAUAUUGGUGAAACAAGUUUAAAUUCCUUUGAUGGGAAUGUGAUGUGUGUGAUUAAAGUGGGGAAUUGUAAUUUGAAAAGAGUGCAAACGUGAGCGAAACCAAUGGUUUUAACACCUUAAAAAUCUGUCAUCUAGCUGUAUUAUUUACAAGUAUGUUUUGUAUUGAUAUUUGUUUUUACAUUUUGUUAUAUAUUCUUCUUUUGAUAAAUAAAGUAGAUAAGUGAUUGAGACUUCUCUCUCUGGUUAGACCUGUCGUUAUGAAUUGUGUAGCAUUCAUACCUACUAUACAGACCAGGUUUGAAGUAUGGCUUUUAAAGGUUGAACUUGUGUUUUGCUGAUCCCUGUCCAGAGAGUCAUAUUGAGUCAAAAAUAAUUGUGAGUCUGUGAGCAAAAUGAUUGGAAAAUUGUGAGGGAAUUUUCUAUGCUACAUAUCCAUAAAUGAGCGUGCCUUGCCUGUGCGUGCUUGAAAGAACACCUAAAUGUGUAUCACGUCUGAUGGCUCUUUUAAAGUCAUAUAUCAUAAAAUCCUUGAUUUACAUUUCUCGAGGAAUUCAAACUGAAAUGUCACCUUUCAUAGCUCUAUCCAUAUUGCCUCAUUAGUAAUAUGUUGCCCCACCUACAUUACUUAUUUGAUUGGUAGCUUGCUAAACUAAUAUAUCAUGAAUUUCUUAUUAGUCUGCAAUAUGGGCAUUAAAGGUAACAGAAAAGUAUAAUUUCUGCUUGACAAUAUCUCUUGGUAAAACCUUUCUUCAUAUUUUCUUUUUAUUACGUUUGAACAUAUACUUACUUUUCCUUUCGAGGAAUAGAGGACUGUAUGAAGUCCAUACCUUAAUUUCUAGAUGUCUUAAAGUCUUAGAUUCAUGUCUUGUGAAAUUAUGAUUUUAUUUGUUUGCAGUUAGUAUCUUUUAUGAAAAAGGUAUAUUAUUGUUUUGAAAACAUAUACACUGAAAUAACAUGAGUAGCUUGCUUUAUACACACACAGUGUGAGUCUGGUUUGGGAAGAGACAGUGUGUUGGUAUGUACUUUUGUAACAUUUGUAAAUACUUCAUAGAUUAUGCUAUGUAUAUACGACUAUUGGAACAUUAUAUAUGAGGGUAUAACCCUUGAAUUCAGCCUACCAAAUCUAGAUUUCAGUUCAUCAUUGUAUAUUUAUGAUUACUUGCCAAUAUUAUAACUUUGGCAUAAUCUUACAGAAUCAUGUUGCUGUAAUCUCUUCUGUUUCAUUAGCAUGUUGUGUGAUGCAGUCUGCAAUGAAAGAUGCUGGAUUUGGAUUUCUUUUGUUUAUUAUUUUUCCUGCAUGCCAUCAUCUAUUAACAUGAAAGUUGUGGAUUUUAGGAGAUAAAGGUCUGACUGAGAAAGAAGGGACUAUAUAAUGCAGGAAUAACAUCCUUGGCUAUUAAGGAUUGCACAACACUUGCAUUUUGUAAUAACUUCUUUUGUGGGAAGCCACCAAAUCUCCAUAUUGCUUGUUUUAUCUUGAUUUUGUUUGUUGUGGUAGGUUUCUGUGUUGUUAAAAGUUAUUUUCUUCUUCUUUACCAUUAUGAUAAAGAGAGGGUGUGUAGGGACAAGUCUGUAUUGCUUUUCUUUGCUUCACUCGUUUAUUAGUUACAUGCAUGAACCUUUUUGCCACUUCUCACACCCAUACCUGUAAAAUCAUAUCUCCUUUUUCUCAGCCUGAGCAUCGAAAAUGGCAUUAUUAAGCUUAUUUUAACUUUAUAAGAAAAUAAUAAGUGAUAUCAUGCUUAUAGUUUUGUGUCAAAUAUUUCUUUGCAUAUUCAUUUGUUGAACACAUUUUCUGUUUGUACCUCUCAGAGUUGAUCAGGUUUAGACAUGAUAGCAUUUAUGUGUGGUACCCAUAAAUGUUUAUGAAAGUGCUGAAAAGUAACCUCUUUCUUUCAUCUUUUCUUUCUUUUUAGAUGGUAAAUGGCAUUAUGAUAAAACAUGUAUGAGUUCACAUGAAUUUGUUUUUAGCUUUGCUUUUACUGCAUUUUUUUUGUAAAAAAAAAGUAGGAUCUAAAUCAAAUUUAUUUCCAAGGAAAUUCUUCAGCUUCUUUUAGAAUUUUGGUUUAUGAAUGGCUUACUUGUUUUCACUUAACGCCAUGACAACCUCUCUGGUACAUGUAUGUGUAGAUUUGGGCUGCUUUAGUGUAUAAACUAGCACAAAUGUUAUGAUAGUACAAUAAUAGAACUGUGUAACCUUUCCUGAGAAAAGGGAUUGGUUUAUAGUUUUGUUGUACUUGACAACAGUUGAAGAGUCAUUUACCGAAGAUAUAUUUCUUUUUUUUUUACCAUUGUACUCUGGUAUCCUUUAUAAUAUGAAAAAUUAGCAGCUGCAAAUCUGUUUUUAACAAACUUUGAGUUAACUGUGAAAUUUUAUGUUAUAUAUUUGCAAUUUAUCAACAUUUCAGUCUUUAUUUUCAAUUUUCAUUCAUUCAUCAAUUUGGAAAGCUGGAAUUUCCUGGAAAAGAUAUUGCCUUUUUUUGUUUACUUCUAAGCCUAAUUUUACUAAGGUCAUGGUCUAAAAUUAUGGGUCGCCAAAUUUCAAAACUUAACACUUUGUUUGUAAUGUUUAUUGAGCUUCUCAUGCUUUAAGACUGAAGUGAAGUUGUUAUCGUUUUAGUUUGCAAUUAUUUGUAUCAAGAGUGCUAAAGUGAGCUGAUAAAUAGAACACCAACUACAGAAAUUUUUUACCUGAGAAAACUCUGGUAAAAACUGAAAACUAAGGUUAGUCUGAGGGCAAAAACUCCGGUAAAAACAACCUGAGUUUUCUCAGGUAAAAAGUUUUAUGCAACGCGCCCCUGGACUACCUAUAGUUAAACCACAUUUAGACCAGUCUUAUUCAAAUACGAAGAGCAUUUUAUGAUUUAUAUUUAAUUCAUAUCCCGUCUCUAUGUUAUUACCCAUAAUUGUAAAGAAAAAAAUGAGAUUAAAUGGAGUGAAAAGAAGAAAUCCUGUCCCACAAAUUGCAGUAUUAUGCCAUGAGUGUAUUAAUAUGAGUAAAGAAAUCUUCCUCUCUGCAAUGGAGACCACAUAAAAGAGGAAAUUAUUUAGUUUUAUUGAUCAAACCUGAGAAAUCAUAGUUAUGUUUACAUAUGUUUGCAAUUUUUGUUAUUUUUGUUAAUGCCAAUGAGGCCAUUUUAUUUCAAACUCAUAUUUCUUAUAAUUCAUUGAUUGGUUAUUCUUGCAUUUAUUUUCUUUUUUUUUAAAUAUAUUUUACCUAUAUACCCCUUUUAUUUAUCUAUUUUCCCCCUCCCUUUUGUGUUAACUGUACAAUUAUAAAUAUAAUAUUUUAAGAUUAUAUACUUGUCUAUAUAUAUGUAAAACAAAUUUACAAAAUUAAAAUAAAAUGCACUAAUGCAAUCCUGAU